AUGGUGCCAAAUGAUGGCGGGGUGCCGAAGGCAUCGCUCUCGUCAAAUGAUGACGGGGUGCCGAAGGCAUCGCUUGCGUCGAAUGAUGACGGGGUGCCGAAGGCAUCUCUCACGUCUAAUGAUGAAGGGGUGCCGAAGGCAUCGCUCUCGCCGAAUCAUGAUGGGGUGCCGAAGGCAUCGCUCGCUUCAAAUGAUGACGGGGUGCUGAAUGCAUCGCUCGCUCCGAAUGAUGACGGGGUACCCAAGGCAUUGCUCUCGCCGAAUGAUGAUAGGGGUGCCGUAUCGCUUUCGCCAAAUAAUGACAGGGUGCCGAAGGCAUCGCUCGCGUCGAAUGAUGACGGGGUGCCGAAUGCAUCGCUCGCGUCGAAUGAUGACGGGGUGCCGAAGGCAUCGCUCGCGUCGAAUGAUGACAGGGUGCCGAAGGCAUCACUCGCGUCUAAUGAUGACGGGGUCCCGAAGGCAUCGCUCCAGUCGAAUGAUGACGGGGGUGCCGAAGGCAUCUCUCUCGCCAAAUGA